AUGCCAUCAUGUACAGAUAUGAAUUCUGAUUUUACCAACUCAAUAGAUGGUUGGGUCUUACAAUCAGGAUCUACUAAAGAGAAUUACGAAAUUACUUCUGAAGGUCUUCAAUUAAAGCUUCUACCGCCUUCCGAAUAUAUUCGUUUAAAAGACGAAGAAGGACUUCCGUAUAACAAGUAUGAGGGAUCAGGUUGUACAUUCAAUGCAACUACUUAUAUGCAAUAUGGAAAAUUCUCUGCCACUGUAAAGGCUGCAAAGGUACCAGGAGCUGUUACUGCUGUCAUUUUAAUUGCUGAUAAUGGUGAUGAAAUUGAUUUUGAAUUAUUAGCUAAUCCCAAAAAUCAAAUUACAUCAAAUUACUUUUAUGGUCCUAAUAUUGUAUACGGGAAAAAUGGAAAAGAAAUAAAUGCACCUAAUGGAAGCGUCUUCAAUGAAUUCUAUAAAUAUACAAUUGAAUGGUCUCCCUCAGAGAUUAAAUGGUUUAUUAAUGAUAAAGAAAUUCGUACAAAAACUCGCUUGUCAACUAAAAAUGGAGAUACUUAUGAAUACCCCACCCAUCCUGCCCGUGUUCAAUUUGGUCUUUGGGAUGGUAGUAGUUCAAGUGGAACUGCUCAGUGGGCUCAUGGGCCUAUUGAUUGGAAUAAACAGAAAGAGCCCAUUACAGCAUAUAUUAAGAAUGUUCAAAUUACUUGUAAUCCAAAGUAUAAUAAUAUUAAAAAUUAA